AUGACCACCCCCCCCAGCUCGUUCCAGCAGGAGCCCCUGACCCCCCCCAGACCCCCCCACUCCUCCCUGAAGCCCAACCAGGUGGGUCAAGUGGUUCUGUAUGGUGUACCCAUCGUCUCCUUGGUGAUUGACCAUCAGGAGCGGUUGUGUCUGGCCCAGAUCUCCAACACUUUGCUGAAGAACUACAGCUAUAACGAGAUCCACAACCGCCGCGUGGCGCUGGGUAUCACCUGUGUUCAGUGCACCCCUGUCCAGCUGGAGAUCCUGAGGCGAGCUGGUGCCAUGCCCAUCUCCUCCCGCCGCUGUGGCAUGAUCACCAAGCGAGAGGCAGAGCGGCUGUGUAAGUCCUUCCUGGGGGAGAACAACCCCCCCAAACUGCCUGACAACUUCGCCUUUGAUGUGUCACACGAGUGUGCCUGGGGUAGUCGUGGUAACUUCAUCCCAGCUCGCUACAACAGCAGCAGAGCCAAGUGCAUCAAGUGUUCCUACUGCAGCAUGUACUUCUCUCCUAACAAGUUCAUCUUCCACUCUCACCGUACUCCUGAAGCCAAGUACACCCAGCCGGACGCUGCUAACUUCAACUCCUGGAGACGCCACCUGAAGCUGUCAGAUAAAACCCCUCCUGAUGACCUGGCGUUUGCCUGGGAGGACGUGAAGGCCAUGUUUAAUGGUGGCAGCAGGAAGCGGUGUCUACCCUCAUCUCACUGCUCCCCCAUGGGGCCGGGGAAGGUUGUGAACUCUGGUCUGCCCCACAUGAUGACCCCUGACCUGGUCCAGAAGAGGAGCCGCUUCGAGGAGGAGGAGGACCUGGAUGGAAGCAGCCUGUCUCCCCAUAAGAACCCUCGCAGCUACCCGGUGAUCCCUGUGCCCAGUAAAGGGUUCGGCAUGCUGCAGAAGUUCCCCCCCACCUCCCUGUUCCCCAACCCUUACUCCUUCCCAGCCUUCAGCCUCUGUCAGCAGAAGAAAGAUGACAGUGAGGUGGCUGGAGGACAGAAGAACACUGGUCUAUCAGGUCUGCUGUGGCCCGGUCGUAAAGACACCUUCUACCCUCCGUUCUGCAUGUUCUGGCCCCCUAGGGCCGCUGGGGGCCUCCCAGUUCCCACCUACCUGCAGCCACAGCCGUCCGUCAACACCCUAUCCUCAUUGGCCGAGAGCCCUUCCCUCAGGCAGGCCUUCCUCGACCUAUCAGAGCCCUCACAGCCAAGGGCAGGGCCAGACAUGAGGGCCACACCCAGGUCAGGCCUGUUUGACCCUGACUCCUCCCCCCUGACCUCUGACCUGCGCCCUGUGACCUCAGAGGGCUGGCUGAAGCUGCUGGAUGUCCCGUCUCUCCAGGCCAGGAAAGCCUCCUACCACUCAGCCUUCCGACCCGUCGUCAAGGAUGCAGAGAGCAUCGCCAAGCUCCAUGGAAACCUGGAGGAGUUUGGUUCGGAUCGCCACCUGUCCCCCGCCACCAGCUGCAGCUACGCCUCUGAGAGUGGAGGAGAAGGGGAGGAAGAGGGAGAGGGAGGAGAGAGUGAGGAGGAAGGAGAGGUGGAUGUGGAGACCAAGCAGGAUGAAGAGGAAGAGGAAAGCUUCAACAGACCAACCCCACCACAGACACACAGCAGCCUGCACCUCCGAGGGCUGACCGAAGGAUCAGGAACAUGGGAGAGAGCAGAGAAAGAGGCUGUCACCUUCCCCUGCAGCCCUGCAGAUCCCAGCCAGGACCAGAGCAGCAGUAGCCUGCCUGCCUCUCCUCCUGCUCCCCCUGCGAGCCUCACACUCUCUCUCCCCAGCCCCACACACACACCACUGCCACUGGAGGACCAGGCCUACAAAAAUACUCAUAAAAGCAGAGACCAUGGACUGCCUGUUUACACAACCAAAGAAAACUCCAACAUAGUUGAUGAAAACAAAGAGCCCAGCAGUUUCUUUGUAUCAGAGACAGAAUCAUCUGGCCCAGAGUACUGGAGAGAGACGACAGGGGAUCAAACACAAGAUGGAAGUUCCCCUGUUCCACUAAAGGAGGAUGUUGAGAACAUGGAGAAAGAGGAACUCCAGAAGGUUCUAUUGGAACAGAUCGAUCUACGAAGACGACUAGAACAGGAGUUCCACGCUCUGAAGGGAAACUCCCCCUUCCCUGUCUUCCAUCAUUUCCAGGACCAGAUGAAGCGAGAACUAUCGUACAGAGAGGAGAUGGUGCAGCAGCUACAGAUGAUGCCAAACAUCAUCCGGAAAGAAAAGAUCACAUCACAUCUUAACAAAAAGAGCUAAAUUGUAA